AUGGCGAUAACAAGAUAUGCGCCCACGCAAGAUGUCGGCAGCAGCAUCGGUAGUACGAACACCACCACGAUCACUACCGCCAACAACAACAACAACAAUGAAAGCAUUAACAAUAGCUACCUACCAUAUGCACGGAAUAGCGGCAGCAGAGUCGACGCGCCGGCUGAACCAGCCGUCAACGUCAACAACUCACUCUACUACUGGGAGUUUGCUCCGGAGGAGUUGCCUGAGUUUUCACUGGUCGCACCAGAGUUAGAACCUUCCAUACAACAACUCGCCGCUGCAGCCCAAGCACCCGCGUCAUCCUCCUCGUACUCAUAUCAGGAAACGAAUGCCCGCGCGGACAAUCACACGACUGAAGUGCAAGGCGAGCCACCGCCUUCGUUCUACACGAGUUUCAAUAUUUCUGACGAUAUCUUCGACUAUUUUAAUGGAUUUCUCGAGAGCACCGAGCAGCAGCAGCAACAGCAACCAUUGUUGACGACUACCAGCACAGAGAGUGUAACGAGCGCGAUCAGCAAUAGUGUGGCCACGGCGAAUUUGACGCUAACGACGUACGUACAGACUGUUAGUAAUGGUUCACGUGAUCCGGCAUUGGGUGAAUUUCUCUGUCUACUACCUAAUGAGCGUAUAUCGUUGCUCUCAUUUCUGUUUCUCUUCUCGUUCGCCACCGUGUUCGGCAAUGCACUGGUGAUAUUGGCUGUGGUACGCGAACGCUACCUGCACACGGCUACGAAUUACUUCAUCACAAGUUUGGCGGUAGCCGAUUGUCUGGUGGGCCUGGUUGUGAUGCCCUUGUCGGCCCUGUACGAAGUGCUCGAGAAUACGUGGUUUUUCGGCACCGACUUUUGUGAUAUCUGGCGCUCAUUGGAUGUACUCUUCAGCACCGCUUCCAUUUUAAAUUUAUGUGUGAUAUCAUUGGAUCGUUAUUGGGCCAUAACGGACCCUUUCUCCUAUCCCAUGCGCAUGACGGGAAGGCGCGCCGCCUUUCUGAUCUGCGCGGUGUGGGUCUGUUCGAGUACCAUUAGUUUUCCAGCGAUUGUGUGGUGGCGUGCGGCGCGCGACGGCGAGAUGCCCGCUUACAAGUGCACGUUUACGGAGCAUCUCGGCUAUUUGGUCUUCUCAUCGACGAUCUCAUUUUACCUGCCACUACUAGUUAUGGUCUUCACCUAUUGUCGCAUCUAUCGUGCUGCGGUCAUACAGACACGUUCGCUGAAAAUCGGCACCAAACAAGUACUGAUGUCAUCUGGUGAACUGCAAUUAACCUUACGCAUACAUCGUGGUGGCACGACACGUGAACCUUCGACCAGCGCGUCACAUCAUCCGACAAUUCAUGGCUCGUUGGGUGGCGCACCGAGCGGCGAUGGUAUGCAACAUCAUCGCCAUCAUUCACAUCAACAUUCAACGCUUCACAAUCACAGCGCUUCGGGCACGACGACUUCAACGCCCGAGGAGCCGGACGAUGAACCACUAUCGGCGCUACACAAUAAUGGUCUGGCACGUCACCGGCAUAUGGGUAAAAACUUCUCCUUGUCGCGUAAGUUGGCGAAGUUCGCCAAAGAGAAGAAAGCAGCCAAGACGUUGGGUAUAGUGAUGGGUGUAUUCAUCGUGUGCUGGCUGCCGUUCUUCGUUGUUAAUUUGCUAUCCGGCUUAUGUGUGGAGUGCAUCGAACAUGAAGAGAUAGUGUCAGCGGUGGUCACAUGGUUGGGCUGGAUAAAUUCAUGCAUGAAUCCGGUGAUAUACGCUUGUUGGAGUAGAGACUUCAGAAGAGCAUUUGUACGUCUGCUGUGCGUUUGCUGCCCGCGUGGAGUACGCCGCAAAUACCAACCGACAAUGCGUUCCAAAUCACAGUGCAAAGUUGCUGCCGCCAUGGUAGCCGCCUCAACACCAUUCAGCUACACCUCAGUGCAACAAUUCGACGGUAACCGCUCGAUCAUGUGACGACAGCUCAGCAGCUGCAGCUCCUGUAGCGGGAGCAGCAGCUGCGGCCGCAAUGCCAUACAUCAUCAUCACCUACACCCGCAUCCGCAUGCGCACCAUCAAUUGCAACAGCAGCAACAGCAACAACACUUGCAACGCAGCUGCACGCGCUGUCAAAGCUUCCACCGGCAUCACCAUCGCCAGCGACGACGCAGCUCAACGCUGCGUGAGGACUUCAACAGUUUACCCGGUUCGUGCCACAGUGGUGCUAAUGACUACGGCGCCGACCACGUGGACCUAAACGGUGGCAAAGCCAACGGCACGAAUGGUAAUGGCAGAAAUGUACACAUAACCAAGGCGAUUGUGACGUUUUCGCCACCUGUGGUGGCAGACUCCUUGAAUGUGCCCUCCUCGCUGUCCGGCUCAAUGCUAACCAUCUCAUCGGUGCCGACAACUCUGAUGUUGGGCGCGCCAACAACACCAGCCGGCAGACACUCGUUAAGCGCGGCCACCACACCACUGGCCAAUACGACAAACAUCAGUCCGAGUAAUACGAAACACUGCAGUUUUGCGCUCACGCCGCUCUUGCCGCCGCCACCAGCGCCUAGGCAAUUAUCGUUCCUCACAACGGCGCGCUUCCAUGCGAAUACACAGUGCGGCCCGACGGCGUCGGCGACAACGACAACUGCAAUGACGUCUACGGUUUCGGCCAAUACGGGACGCAUGCCGUCGACCACCGUCUCGGCGCCGGCACUUAUCGAAACAGUGGGCAAUUGGCCGACGACGCCACUCACGCCGCUCACACCGCUUACACCGGGUAUGCACGCGCCGCGGCAGCACAUACACGGCAAGCAUGCAACGCUGGAGGCGCGUCAUAGCGCGGUCAGUCAAUUCACCACUUUGGAGGACUUGGAUGCGAUUGUUGUGGACGAGACGCCAAGCGACAUGAUGCGGAAGCUGGCAUGA